UCACUCCCCUCUACAAAAUAACUAGUCGUCCACCAUUCGUUUUCCUCUCCACGUCUCUUCUUUGCCAAGAGAUCGGAUUCAACAUUUCAACGAUGGCUGUUUUCCUUGCCGUGUUGCUGAUUGUGUCGGUAACGAGCGCCGCCAAGCUGCCACUGCGGGGACUGCAGGCUCGGACAACCACCACCGCUACUACAACUACUCCACACUUCCACACAACCACUCCUUUCCCAACCACAACAGGAUCAUGGCCGGAAUGGGCUACCUGCAAGGUUGAGAACUAUCACUACUACCCCACCCACUACCUGGCUCUCGGAGAAUGCAACCGUUACAUGUUUGUCUGUGAUUUUGGCGGCCCUACUUUCCGGAAGCGUCAGGCCCAGCCUCCGGUCAUUGACCCGACAGUACCAACCACCACUUCCGGUACAACAACUGUCGAUACCAUAUGCACCACAACUAGCACUGUCGGUACCGCCACCACUACACCUUUCCCCACAACGACGCCGACACCCCCCGGGUCCGGUUGCUACGUGGAAAAUCUGCACUACUACCCCGCACACUGGCUGGCAGUGGGAGAGUGUAACGCGUACAUAGGCGGCUGCUACCAGAAGUGCUGUCAGCCGGACGGCACCCUCUCGCCUUCUACUUACAUCUGUGAUUUCGGAAGCCCGUGGUGGGGAGACGGCCCAAACCCAGCGCGCAAACCCUGAGCGACAACCUCCAGCAAGUGUCAUGUACCGUGGUACCAGCGUCAUAACCAACUACCGUGGUACCAUGACCAACUACCGUGGUACCAACUACCAAUAAUCAACUACCGUGGUACCAGCGUUAUGACCAACUACCGUGGUACCAGUGCCAUAACAUCUGCCAAUGAUCAAAUCACAACCCCAUAAGGUCCCCUGGGACUGCUGCAUUAAAAAAAACAAAACAAAACAACAACAACAAAGCAACCGAACGAAAACAACGAUUGAUCCACUAAUGUAGCAUCCAGCAGUCACCAAGUUACCUUUUAAAGAUUUUCAAGACAUUUUGAAAAGGUCUUGAUUAUUAAGUUGAUAACACUUUUUUUUCUAAUGUGGCGAUCUUAUGGCAACCAUUGUGAUUAUAAAAGUUGAUGUUUAUAAAAAGACUGUAAUAAAGGCACUGACAUUGCAACCUG